AUGUCAAGACGUAGGCGUUGCGCUUUUGAUUCUGAUAAUCUAGAAGAGUAUAUAUAGCUUGCCACUAUUGGAUAAAAUUAAACUAAUCUCUUUUACGAUGACAAAAAAUUAAAAUGGGUUAAUGGAUUGAAAUAAGUAGCUGACACUAAAUACACUCCAAAACAAAUAGAAGGAUUCGAACAUGGUCAUUCUUAGAAUGAUUAUAUUGAUACUUCUGAACUUCCACCUGAUAUCCACUUGAAAUCUAGUGAUGAAGUCAUUAAUCAUCACAUUAUGAUAUUAGGAGAUAUCAAUGAAUGCCUUAAACAAUCACUGACUAUGUUCUGUAUGUAGAGUCGUAAAAAUAGCAAUGAAGAUUUCAAUGAAGAAUUGAUAUCGCCAUUGAAAAAUAAAUUAUGCCUUGAUUUAGCAAUUAAAAGAAUUCAAGAAAGGGAUGGAGUUCAUAUGAUAAAGUUUCUUAUGCAUGAUACAUCGAUUUCGGAUUAUGCUCCUAUUAUCAAUGGUAAAUUGCAAUUCUACUUUUAUGUAGUUUACUUUCUCUAAACUUCGAUUUACAUCCUAGCAUUUGAUGUGGAUUCUAAAGAUUUCGAACCUUAAAAGGAGCAAGAUAUGAUUUCUUAUGUAAAGGAACGAGCUGUUAAUGUGAAAAACAUUUAUUCAGUCUACUUUACUGAUUAGGAUAUUUCUGAUUAAAGACAAAAUAAAUAUUUUUGUAAUCGAUGGAGUAUAGGUGUUAUUCUCUCUUAAAUUAUAGAAUAAGUUAUUACUUAAUGAAACAUAUACUUUUAUUAAUAUUUAUUAAAAUU